CAGUUUUCAAACGAAAAUCCACCGCAAUGUUCUUGAGCCACGGUGCCACCAAUAGCCGCCAUGUUGAAAAAUUUUGUGGAGUCAUCCUUAGUGUGCAUGUGCUGACAGUAAACACCGCUGACACCCGGAAGACUCUCUCUGACCCAGCCUCUCUCCGUUGUCAAGAUGGCGGAACAUUUCGAAUGUUUGUCUUCUUUCCAAGUUCUGGACUCUAUUCCCGUCGAAAAAUACCGUUCCAAACGAACAGGAAUCAACUUUUGUUUUGCUAAAGUUCCUGGCCCGCUGGUAAAUGGUUUUCUUUGUCUCGCUACUGAGGCUCACGACGAUGAUGGCUUGCCACACACUCUGGAACACCUGGUAUUCAUGGGAAGCGAAAAUUAUCCUUACAAGGGUCUCCUAGACUUACUAGCCAACAGAUGCUUGGCUCAAGGAACCAACGCAUGGACUGCAACAGACCACACAGCUUACACCAUGGAAACAGCAGGUAGUGAGGGUUUCCUAAACCUUCUGCCAAUCUACCUGGAUCAUGUGCUGUAUCCAACUAUAACGGAAUCAGCAUACAUAACAGAGGUUCACCAUGUGAAUGGAGAGGGUGAAGAUGCAGGUGUGGUUUACUGUGAGAUGCAAGGAAGGGAGAACAUGGAGAGGAGUAGAACAUAUUUGAACUUCACUCGAGAAAUGUACCCUGGACACUGUGGUUAUAAGGUAACUGAGUUUGAUCUGUAUGUUUACAGCAUGGAUGUGGUUACCUUAUUAGUUGAGAUACGUACAUGUACAAGUAGGGCAGGGUUGUCAAAACUUGCCGACUUGUGUUCAAUGUGGUAUUUUAAUGCUAUUCAGGGUCUCCUAGACUUACUAGCCAACAGAUGCUUGGCUCAAGGAACCAACGCAUGGACGGCAACAGACCACACAGCUUACACCAUGGAAACAGCAGGUAGUGAGGGUUUCCUAAACCUUCUGCCAAUCUACCUGGAUCAUGUGCUGUAUCCAACUAUAACGGAAUCAGCAUACAUAACAGAGGUUCACCAUGUGAAUGGAGAGGGUGAAGAUGCAGGUGUGGUUUACUGUGAGAUGCAAGGAAGGGAGAACAUGGAGAGGAGUAGAACAUAUUUGAACUUCACUCGAGAAAUGUACCCUGGACACUGUGGUUAUAAGUCUGAGACUGGAGGAAUCAUGGAAAAUUUACGUUCAACUUGCAGUCACACUAAGGUGUGCAACUACCAUCAACAGUUUUAUCGACCAGAAAACCUCUGUGUGAUCAUUACUGGACAGAUUGAUCCCAAGCAAGUGUUUGAAACUGUGAAGCCCUUUGAGGAUAAAAUUCUUUCCAAGAAAAGACUACCUUCUUAUGAAAGACCAUGGCAAACUCCUGUUCCACCACUCACUAAUGCUGUUGACAAAGUUAUCAAAUUCCCAACUGAAGAUGAAGAAUCUGGAUCCAUCCUGAUGGGCUUCCGAGGACCCUCUUGUAGGGAUCAUUACAGUAUUUCCACCCUAUCUGUCAUACUAGACUACCUUACAGACACAUCUAUAGCUCCUCUACAGCAUGAACUGGUGGAAAUUCCAGAUCCAUUUUGCAGUGACAUUUCCUGCGACGUCAUGGAAUUCCUAGAAAGUGCUCUCGUCAUCAAAGCUGAAAAUGUUCCCUUUGAAAAGCUUUCUGCAGCAAAGGAAAAAGUAAAGGAGGUUUUGGGAAACCUGGCUAAUGGUAAAGAAGCCAUUGAUAUGAAUCGCCUUGGUGUAGUAAUUCAUCGUAAAAUCCUAGAUUCAAAAAACAGAUUUGAAAAUUAUCCGCAUGACACCUUUGCCGAUGCUAUAGUGGGCGACUUCUUGUACUCGGCCAAGCCAGAGGAUCUUCAAGCAAGACUGAGCACGAUUCAAGAUCUGGAAAAGCUUCGACAUGAGCCAGUGAACUACUGGCUGGCUUUUCUGAAGAAGUACUUCAUUUCAACGCCAAGUGUUGUGAUCACAGGGGAACCAAGUGCAAAUCUGAUGACAGAGAUGUCAGAAACUGAAAAGAAGCGAGUAGCAGAACAGCGAGAAUUGCUAGGCGAAGAGGGAUUAAAUAGCAAACGGCAGCGACUGGAAAAGGCAACAGAAGAUAAUGAGGUAGCUCCACCACCAGAGAUAGUCACCAGUCUCCCUGUGCCAUCAACCUCCAGUAUCAGUUUUCAUCCAAUCAAGAUGUUCAGUAACAGGCGGCAAGAUGGCUGCAGCCAUACUGAACCUGAAGCAGAAAAGUUUCCUGUGGCAGAGAUACCGUACUCAUUCCAGCUAGACCAUGUAUCAACAUUGUUUGCGAAACUGUCUGUUAUACUGGACACAGCGGCUGUACCAGAAGAACUCAAGCCUUAUCUGAGCUUGUACCUUGAAGUGCUGUUUGAGUCUCCUAUAUUGAGAGACGGAGGUCUUAUUCCGUAUGAACAAGUGGUAGCAGAAUUGGCAGCUGACACUCUUGAUCAGGCGUCUUGUCUUGGACUCCGGGGAAGAAGAUUUAUGCCAGAAGAAUUUCCGCAACUGGCCUGUGUUUCACUCAAGCUUGAAGUCGAGAAGUAUGAGAAGGGAAUCUGCUGGCUUCAGGAACUGCUGUACAAGACUCAAUUCACCAAAGAAAGGCUGGAGAUUGUCGGCAAAAAGAUGAUGAACGAUGUUGCGAGUAUGAAGCGUGAGGGAAGAACUGUGACUAAAACGCUCAUCAGAGACAUCGCAUUUACUAAAGAGAGCAAUAUGUUUUCAGCUAAUAUGGUUCGACAGUACAGUUUUCUAAACCAGUUGAUGACCGAUCUGGAAAAUGACCCAUCUAAGGUUAUAGAUAAAGUCGAGAAGCUUCGUUCAGUAUUGACGCAGCCUUCAAACUUGCGUGUGCACGUGGCGGCGGAUGUCAAUAGACUGCCAGCUAAUCCGCAUGCUCUGUGGAAAACACAGCUUUUACCCAACACUUCAGCUGCAAUCCCCACCAACAUCCCAUCUGUCAAAAAAUCCAGCGCUUUUCUGUCUAAGAAUUCUUUCCAUGGCAAGAUCGUCGGAGUUGGUUCGGUGGAAUCGUCGUUUCUCUUCCAAACUACUCGGUGUAUCGACAGUUUUGAUCAUCCUGACCUCGCUCCCAUAAUGGUGUUCUUGGAAUGUCUUACCACACUGGAGGGCCCAAUAUGGCGUCAAGUAAGAGGUCUGGGACUGUCCUAUGGCUACGGAAUGCGGGCUUAUCCAGAGAAUGGACUUCUUUACCUAUAUCUCAUCAAGUCAACUCAUUUGGUGAAGGCUUACAAGAAAACUCAGGAGAUUGUUGAUGGUUAUCUGUCAGGUGCAAUGGCGUUUGAUGCUGGUGAUUUGGAAUCUGCCAUCAGCAGUGUGAUAUUUGAAAUUAUUGAGCGAGAAAAAAGCGUGUCCUCCGCAGCAUCCCAGAGUUUGAUGUCCCAAUUUAGAGACGUAGGUCCUGACUAUAACAGAACUUUGUUGAGCAAGAUUUCUCAAGUCUCUUUGUCUGACCUGAUCAGAGUGGCGAAAACGUACGUUGCGCCGUUGUUUGAUCCGGCGCAGUCCUCCUGUGCCAUCUGUUGUCAUCCGUCCAAAGUGGACGAGAUAAAAGACGAAUUUAGCAGUAUCAACAAGCCACUUAGUGUGGUCAAAUCUUUGGAAGAGGAGUUCACUUGGACUACUUAGAGAACUGUUCUUCCCAAUUACAUGCACGCACUUGACACGCACGGAUCACAGAACGCACGUAACACUCACUGGUUUGUCUGGUGAAGAUUGAAAACGAAAAAGAAUGUAUCUGUCGUGUGGCGCAGAAAGCACCGUUCGCAAGCACCACUGGACAUUUCGCAAUUAUCCCACGAGCAACGCACGAAAUAUCUGAACUUGAAGCGCAGAUCCUAGUACAGUGGAACCCAGUUAAUCCGGUCAUCAACAGGCCACAAAAAUCUGGCCGUAUUAACGGGGUAGCCGUAUUCAAGGGGUUCUUUAAAUAAUAAAAUGACUGACUGAGCUUUAUUUUGGGCCAGAAUAAAGUGGCAGUAGUAUCGAGGUAGCCGUAUUAAUGGGUGAGAAGGGGCGGGGGGUCCACUGUUGUUAUUUUUUUUUCCCGAGUGAUAUUUCAUGUCUAGUCUUGGUUUGUAGACCAAACCGAGACUAAUUGAUGAUUCUUGAGUAGAAAUACCAUACCAAAUCGACAUUGUUCAAACUAGAAACAAGAUACAAAUGUAUGAGAUGCUGGACGUUGAUAUUAACUUACUGAAACCAGAUACUUAUACCUGGAAAAGUUCCUUAAACUCCUAAAACCUAAACAAAUUAAACCUGCGUAACUGGCGGGAUUUAGCCCGCGGACUGCUUUGUUUCAGCGGCGGAGUGGUAGGUAGUCAAGUUGAGAUCCCUCCUGCUCUAAUUCUUGAGUUUCCUUGUUGAAUUUCCCGUUCGCCAGUGAACAGACAUUUCGGAUUGGUUGAUGGAGGCACAUCAGUCCAAUAUUGGAGACCCAUGAGAAUACUUGUAUAAUGAGUGACGGUGGAUGUCGCGCUCUCCCCGCACGCGAAAAUUCCUUGCCGGCUUGAGCCUCUAGCGCGCACGGUGCCGCCGCCGAAACAAAGGACUCCCGCGCCAAAACCUGCCAACAAUGCAACGGCAAACCUAGUACAAGAAACGUUUGAAGUUGUCCUUCAGUAGCAUUUCGGGAUAUUUACACUCAUUGUCCUUAAUAUAUUCUAAUCAUUGGCGUCACCUACACCACUUUUAUAUCACGAAUUAUUGAAUAUUUUCUUUCAUUCCCUGAUGAUGCCGUAGAACGGCGAAAGCUUGGAAUUAAAAUGCAGUAGCUCAA